CAAUUUAAUAAAUUCAUUUAAUAAAUCAAUUCAAUAAACUCAUUUCAAUUUCAGUUUCACCAGAAAACCUUUUUUCAUCUUUCCUCAAUUUUUGAAUGGACUUUUUUUGUAAUGCGCCCAAUAUUGUCGCAUGGAAUUAUUUCCAGAUCUUCAUGAUGAUCAGAACGCGAUCAGAAUUGCUGGACAUCAUUCAGAGUAUUCACGACAAAUACACGGCUGACGGAUCUCAUGCCGAAGUUGAGAACGAACAGAGUCGUAAAAGAUCGCUGUGGCUCAUUUCUGCCAUCACUGUACUGCAGGUUCCAACAUUUCUAGGAGGCAUAAUCAACAGCGAAUACAUAGGCAAUAAUGAGGAUAGCAUAAAAGCCAACAUACAUUUCGGUAGGAAGAAUCCAGAGCGACUUAUCGCCUAUCUUCCCUGGCUUCCUUAUGACUACACAAUUUCGCCAUACUUUGAAGUGACCAAAACUCUGAUGUACAUAGCGUUGACUAUGGGUUGUAUAUCAAUGAUGGUCCGAUACUCAGUAUUGCCUAUGCUAACUUUCUACAUUAAUGGGCAAUUCGAUAUGAUAGCUAAGCGAUUCGAGACUUUGAAAGCGACUGAUGAAAAGCUAGAUGAUGGAAGAAAGAUGAGAGAAGAGUCAAUACUGAAUGAUAUCAUAAGAUCACAUCAACAAGCUUUAAGUUUAUCAAGACGAGUUAUUGUUUAUUUCCGACCAAUAAUUGUUACAAAAACAAUAUUUUACUUCGGAAUUCUGGCGGAUCUUCUCUAUGCAGUUACGGAGCAAACUGCAGGCACCGCACAACAAAUAAACUGCUGCUUCUGUUUAAUGAGCUGUGGAUAUGAACUGCUAUUGGACUGUUGGUGUGGAGAAUAUAUUGCAAGAAAGAGUCAACUUGUUGGCUUUGCAGUCUACAAAUCGGAAUGGCACAAUAUGUCAUUCAAUGUGAGAAGAAGUUUGGCGAUUGUGAUUACAAGGGCACAGAAGCCAGAACAGCUCAAUGGGCGCACUGGGUUUAUACCCAUGUCACUGGAGACUUAUAUACAGAUUUUCAAAGCGUCCUACUCCUACUACACAGUACUUCAGAAUUUAAAUAAAGCUGAUCAACAACUACAAUUCUGAAACUUGAAAUAAAAGAAACACAAACUAUGUCAACAAUUCAACUGUGCAGCCAAAAUAUUCAAAUUGAAGCACUGUUAAUACUAUAUUAGUAAAUUAGUCUCAUAAAUGGUGAUA